AUGAGCAACUAUCUCUCCAUCGCGGGACAGGAGCAACAAUCACCAUCGCCGGGACAUGAGCAACUAUCUCUCCAUCGCCGGGACAUGAGCAACAAUCACCAUCGCCGGGACAUGAGCAACUAUUACCAUCGCCGGGACAUGAGCAACUAUCACCAUCGCCGGGACAUCAGCAGCUAUUACCAUCGCCGGGACAUGAGCAACUAUCACCAUCGCCGGGACAUCAGCAGCUAUUACCAUCGCCGGGACAUGAGCAACUAUCACCAUCGCCUGGACAUGAGCAGCUAUUACCAUCGCCGGGACAUGAGCAACUAUCACCAUCGCCGGGACAUGAGCAGCUAUUACCAUCGCCGGGACAUGUGCAACAAUCACCAUCGCCGGGACAUGAGCAACUAUAUCCAUCGCCGGGACAUGAGCAACUAUCACCAUCGCCGGGACAUGAGCAACUAUUACCAUCGCCGGGACAUGAGCAACUAUCACCAUCACCGGGACAUCGGCAACUAUUACCAUCGCCGGGACAUAAGCAACUAUCACCAUCGCCGGGACAUGAGCAACUAUAUCCAUCGCCGGGACAUGAGCAACUAUCACCAUCGCCGGGACAUCAGCAACUAUCACCAUCGCCGGGACAUGAGCAACUGUCACCAUCGCCGGGACAUGAGCAGCUAUCACCAUCGCCGGGACAUGAGCAACUAUCACCAUCGCCGGGACAUGAGCAACUAUCUCUCCAUCGCCGGGAAAUGA